AUGAAGUUCACCCUUACCAUCCUCGCCCUCGCCGCCUCAGUGCUGGCCCAACAAGAACUCGGCGGCGGCAUCGACGGAAACGCUGGUCCAUUCUCCGGUACCGCAGGAGGAGCCAUCAACGGCCCAACAGGUUUCGUGCAAGGCUGUAUCGGAGGUGGAGCUGGCCCAGAUGCUGGUCGAACAGAAUGCUUCCCUGUUGAGACUGCGCCUGCUGCGACUUCGACUCGAACUCAACCAGGUGGCAAGGCUGCAGGUACUGCUGGUCCUGCUUCGGGAUUUUUGGAUUCUGAGGGACUUUGUGCUGGUGCGGCGUACUCGACUAAUGGAUUUACAUUUUGCUUGCAGCCAACUGGAUCUUCGUAG